AUCUUCUAGUUUGUUAUUUUAUAAUUAAAAUCACAGAGUUCAUUGCAGCUGCUUUAAUCAACAAGUAGCCGCUACAUUAACAAUAGGUUUGCAAAUCAAUUGAUUGAAUUUAUUGGCUGCAUACGGGAGAAUGUCGGCCUUGCUGAAAAUGCAUAGAGUACAAAAGCUCUUUACGCCCGCCUUAGCGCGCAGCGUCUCAGAGGCUGCCAAGUACCCAAAGAUCACCACUCACUACACUUUGAAUCCGCGUGAAAAGGAUGAACGGUGGAAGGAGGUGGACAUGGAGCGUUGCAUUGAGGAGGUGGAUAUUGUUAUUGUUGGCGGUGGACCCGCUGGCAUGUCGGCUGCUAUACGUGCCAAGCAACUGGCCGCUGAGAAAGAUCAGGAAAUACGCGUGUGUGUGGUUGAAAAGGCCGCCGAGGUUGGUGGCCAUAUACUUUCCGGCGCUGUUAUGGAUCCUGUUUCAAUAAACGAGCUCAUACCCGACUGGCAGGAGCAGGGUGCGCCAUUAAACACACCUGUCACCACAGAUAAGUUUACUUAUCUUACUCCAAGCGGUCGCUACUCACUGCCCGUACUCAAAGGCUCGUAUCUGGAUAAUCACGGCAACUAUGUGGUGCGUCUGGGACAUGUUGUCAAAUGGCUUGGCGAUCAAGCAGAGGCUAUGGGCGUUGAGAUUUAUCCGGGCUGUGCGGCAUCAGAGGUGCUUUUCCAUGAGGAUGGCAGUGUUAAGGGUAUUGCGACCAAUGAUGUGGGCAUUGCCAAGAGUGGCGCGCCGAAAGAAACUUUUGCUCGCGGCAUGGAGCUGCAUGCAAAGACAACAAUUUUUGCCGAGGGUUGCCGUGGUCAUCUGUCCAAGCAAAUAAUGGAAAAGUUUGGACUAAAUGAAGGCAGCGAGCCGCAAACAUAUGGAAUUGGACUGAAGGAGGUGUGGGAGAUAGCGCCCGAGCUGCAUAAGCCUGGUCUGGUAGAGCACACGAUAGGCUGGCCAAUGGAUCGCUUCACCUAUGGUGGCUCCUUUCUUUAUCAUCUCAACGAGCCAACGCCCACUAUUGCUGUGGGCUUUGUAGUCGGACUUAACUAUAAGAAUCCCUGGAUGAGUCCCUUCCAGGAGUUCCAGCGCUUCAAAACGCAUCCCAAGGUGCGUCAUGUAUUUGAAGGCGCCACACGCAUUGCCUAUGGCGCACGUGCCAUCAACGAGGGUGGCUUCCAGAGCAUACCUAAGAAGCUAUCGUUCCCUGGUGGCUGCCUGGUGGGUUGCAGUGCUGGUUUCCUCAAUGUGCCACGCAUUAAGGGCUCCCAUUAUGCCAUGAAGAGCGGCAUGCUAGCGGCGGAGAGCGCGAUGGAAGCCAUCAGUGCGGAUAAUCAAUCGACUGCCGGUAUUGAGCCUACAAACUAUGGCGAUAGAGUCAAGGAAUCAUUCAUUUGGAAAGAUCUGUGGCAGGUGCGCAAUGUACAUCCGUCCUUCCAUAAUCCACUCGGCCUCUUUGGCGGCAUUGCGCUGAGCUCUAUCAGCAUGUUCUUGGGCGGUCGCGAGCCUUGGACUCUUAAGCAUGGCCUGCAGGAUCAUGAAUCCCUCAAGCCUGCCAGUGCCUGCGAACGUAUUGUCUAUCCCAAGCCAGAUGGCAAAAUCAGUUUUGAUUUGCUCUCCUCGGUGGCGUUGACAGGCACCAAUCAUGAGGGCGAUCAGCCAGCGCAUUUAACGCUCAAGGAUGAUCACAUACCUGUGGACCACAAUUUGGCACUUUAUGAAGGUCCCGAGCAGCGAUUCUGCCCCGCCGGCGUCUAUGAGUAUGUGCCCAACGAGGAGGGCGGCAAUAUGAAGCUGCAGAUAAAUGCUCAGAACUGUAUACACUGCAAAACCUGUGAUAUCAAGGAUCCCAAGCAGAAUAUCAAUUGGGUGGUGCCUGAGGGUGGCGGCGGACCCGCCUACAAUGGCAUGUAAUUGUUGUUGUUUAACAAUAAACAAGUUGUACCAAGAUUGCAUUUAAAAAUUCUAAAUAUGGAAAUCGAAAUUGUCUGAAAUUGUAUAGGAAAUUAAAAUUUUAA